CCCUGCACCACUGCAGCUGAACCUUGGCACUUUAGGGCACCAACUUUACCCGGCUCGGCUCGCAGCGUGAGAAAGUUUUGCACACCACUGCUCCGACCAGGCGAAGGGGGAUCGGGUCGUUUUCAUCUCAGGUUCCACCACCAGUCCAGCCAACGUGGACCCAGCCUGCGAACUGUCCCUCUUCCUCGGGGCUCAAGAUGACUUCUGCCACUAAGGUGUAUUACAGCCAGACCACCCAGACCGACAGCCGCCCCCUCAUCGGCUCCGGCCUGCGCAAGCGGCGCGUGAUGACCAAGGACGGCCGGAGCAACGUGCGGAUGGAACACAUCGCUGACAAGCGGUUCCUCUAUCUCAAGGACCUGUGGACCACCUUCAUUGACAUGCAGUGGCGCUACAAGCUGUUGCUCUUCUCCGCCACCUUUGCCGGCACCUGGUUCAUCUUCGGGGUGAUCUGGUACCUGGUGGCCUUGUUGCAUGGGGACCUACUGGAGUUCGACCCCCCGGCCAACCACACCCCGUGUGUCAUGCAGGUACACACGCUGACUGGAGCGUUCCUCUUCUCCCUGGAGUCCCAGACCACCAUUGGCUAUGGCUUCCGCUACAUUAGCGAGGAAUGCCCCUUGGCCAUUGUGCUGCUCAUCAGCCAGCUGGUUCUCACCACCAUCAUGGAGAUCUUCAUCACCGGCACUUUCCUGGCCAAGAUCGCCCGUCCCAAGAAGAGAGCGGAGACCAUCAAGUUCAGCCAGAACGCGGUGGUAGCCCAACACAACGGCAAGACCUGCCUGAUGAUCCGGGUGGCCAACAUGCGCAAGAGCCUGCUGAUUGGCUGCCAGGUGACCGGCAAGCUGCUCAACACCUACCUCACCAAGGAAGGGGACUGCGUCCGGCUCAACCAGGUCAAUGUGGACUUCCAGGUGGACACGUCUUCCGACAGCCCCUUCCUCAUCCUACCCCUCACCUUCUACCAUGUGGUGGACGACUCCAGUCCCUUGCGGGACACAGCCCUGCGCACUGGCGAAGGAGACUUCGAGCUGGUGGUGAUCCUCAGUGGCACGGUGGAGUCGACCAGUGCCACCUGCCAGGUGCGCACCUCGUACCUGCCUGAGGAGAUCCUGUGGGGCUAUGAGUUCAGCCCGGUCAUCUCCCUCUCGGCCAGCGGCAAGUACGUGGCCGACUUCAGCCUGUUUGACCAGGUGGUCAAGGUGUCGCCCCUGUGCUGUGUCCACGAGACGGUGCGGUUCGGGGACCCUGAGAAGCUGAAGCUGGAGGAGACCUUGCGAGAGAAAUCAGAGCGGGGGGGCAGCCCCCGGAGCAUCCGCAUCAGCAACGUCUGAUCCUGCCUACCCCACACUGAGCUCCAAGGAGAAUCACUUCAGCCUUUCUUUUUAGCUGGUUGUUUCCCCUGGUCUCUUUCUUUCUUUCUUUCUUCGCCUCUCCUUCCUUCUUUCAUUCAUUCCCCCCCCCUUUCCUUUCCUUCCAUGUCUCACGGGGCAACUCCAGUACUCCACUCUUUUUACGAAUGCACCGGAGGAUGGCAGCUUUAGUUCCCCCAAAAGUGCCACUCCUGCCCUCACUAGGUCCGGGAGCCCCUGGGCCCAAGGGAGCAGCUGGGAUGCAACUCUUCCUUCCCCCGUGCCAAAGCGUUUUCCAAUCCCUCCUUUUCAGUACCGUGGUGAUGGCAACAUGACUGGGAGCACCAGGGCCUCCUAGGGGACAGCUGGUCACCAGCCAGGAGGACUGCAUCCUCCCACCACAGAACACAGAUUCUGUAGGGUGUGGGGGGGUAACUCUGCCUUCGAACUGACCCCGUCCUCGCCACGCAGACUCAAGCCUAAUGCCCAGCUAACCUGCCAGAAAAAGACAGAGACGGUGCCAGGUGGCCCCAAAAGAAGCUGGCACCUCCCUCCCCUGCCCAGGACCUAGGAACAUAGCAAUGGCCACACUGGAUCCAAGCAAGGACCCAUCUAGCCCAGGAGCCUGUCUCCGACAGUGGCCAGCACCAGCGUCCUCAGAGGCUGAAACUCUGUAGCAAUGGAAUAAGCUGUCCGUGGGGAAGUUUCCUCCUGACCUCCACUGGCCCUGAAGCAGAUGGGUGGAUAGCUCCUUCCAAAGCUCUUGGUUGUUUUCUUAGCUCCUUACUCUUCCAACUCUGGAUCUUCUUGUUACACAGAAAAAAGGCCCAGUCCUUUUGCAAAAACUGCUAAGCUCCUGGCCUCUAUGACCCUUGUGGCAGUGAGUUCCACCGGCUCCCUGUGGGGGAAAAACGUUUCUAUUUAAAUUUGCUGUGGGGAGAUUGGGGGUAGGGUUUUGCCAACAGAAACAAUGGAUCUCUGAGACCCCUCCCCCCAAACUGUCUCCAUGGGAAUGAAGAGAGGGCAGCAUGAGGCUUUGAAAAGAUAAAUGGUUCCAGCUCAAAACACCUUCUGCUGUCCACGGGCCUUCAUGUGGUCCAGGGUGCUGGUCUAUUUUCCUGGGAUGUUGUGCACACAGUAUAGGGUCAUGACGGGAGAUUAAUCCCCUUUCCUUGCUUCUCAGCACCAGGGAUAGCUGGACCCAGGGCUGGCAGAGCCACACACAGACCUCAGAGCCAGCAAUUAGAGAGACUGCACACUAGGUCUGUGUCCCUGCUGUCAGGCAGCGCCAGCAUCCAGUGCUCAUCACCCCGGGUUCCUCGCUCAGACCUCUGUGGGGAUUUUCAUCGCACCUGAGGGAAGCUGCACUUCAACCAGAACCAGACGCAGUUUUUGCAUCAUCAGCUUGUGGUUAUAACACUGUCAGAAAUCUGGCUUGGAUUUCACUGCUGUUAUCACCAUGCUGCAGGCUUGGGAACGCCCGGCGGUAGUCGCUCCCGGCCACUGCUGCCUGCGCUCAAGGAGAAUCCUCAUCAACUCUUAGCAAUACAGGGUCUAUGAUGGGUGCUGAUUCCAUCCAGAAGAGAGCAGCGGGGACAGACACACCAGCCAGUAUGAAUCCCCUGCAUUGAAGCCGGAAACCAGCAAUACCGCAGUGAAGUUAAAAUGAAGGUGGACACUUACCUCUUCUUUGUACCCGAGCCCCAGGUACAGGCAUGCAGCUUAGACCCAGCCUUACCUCCACUGUCCCAAAUAGACCUGCUGUGUUCUCGUUCUUUAUUACUGUAAAUUACUGACAUCAGAAAUGCUGAAUCCAGAAGCUGAGGCUAUGGGAAACCUGAUCGGUGUUAAUGAAAUGUUUGAUCCCACUUCAUCCUAGGCUCUCUGAUCUGCCGGCUAUCGCAUCCGAGCUUUGUCACACAUUUCAAGGAUCAAUGGUUCACAGCCGGGUCUUGGAAGUCUGGGAACUGAGCGGGGACAUUAUACACUGAUCUGCAGUACUGUGUCUGUGUUUAGGGUGCCAUUUGAAAUUGAUUUUGUUCCUGCCACAUGGUCACCGUAACAGUUUGCUCAUGGGUCAGUUUCUUUCAUUUAAGGGUUUUGGAGGAGUUUUUUAUGAUAGUUUUAAAAAGAAAAAAACUUCAUCAAAUAUACACUGACAAACAUACACAGUGGAGAAGCUCUAGAUUGAACAGAAUAGAUCUUCGAACUUUUUAAAAGGCAGAGGACUAUUCAGGGAACUACGUGUUGGCUGAUUUGUUCUCUGCUAUGUGAAAACGAAGUGAAACAAUGUUUAAUUCUCUGUC